AUGCCGAAGUCAGAGCACUCAAGUACAAAUCCUAACCCUGACCCUUUACAACUCGACCCCAAACUUGAGCCAAUCCCAAAGCCGGAGCCAGAACCGGUGCCAAAGUCUGAGUCUGCGCCUUCAUCACAUGUAACUUCGUCGACCAUAUCGGAAGUUCCAAUGCCAGAGCCAGAGCCAGCAAUAAAGUUUGACAAUAUUGAGUCGGAAGACUACGGGGAUGUAGUUGAACUUAGGAACCAGCCUGACGAGCUUGACACUGAAGUCAUUGAGCAGCUUGUUGAUCGGUUUCUCAAUACUGGGUCACUCUCAGAUAAAAAUGGUCCAAAGUUUGCGAAUCCAGCAGCUCAAGCCCUUAUAGGGAGCAGCAAAUAUUGGAAUACUGAGGGCCUAAAGGAGCCAGGAACAAUAAAGGACGAAGCAGCAAUCAAGGAAUGGAUAGAUGGCUAUCAAGUUGAAGCUCAAAAGGUUCUAAAAGAAGUAGCUCAAGCUGGCUGGAAGUACUUCAGCCAUGCAUCUCCAGGGGCGAAGCAAAGCUUGAAUGAAGCCGAACAGGCAAAUAUUUUUAUCUCAUCAUCCUUCUUCUGUACACAUUAG